AGCCGCUACUUCCCACGAAGUUAAACAAGCGGGAUUCCUUUUCGUACAUUCACUCUCUCACUCAGUCUCUCUUUAUCGUGUUCAUUGGCGGGGCAAUGCCGCGGUAUGGAUGCCCUGGUUCUUCGAUUUGCUGUUUGUGAUGCAAAUCGUAAGAUCCAUCAUCACUCUGCUUCCUCCCCUCCCCUCUUGCUCUCUCACAGCUGCUCCAGGGCUGGAGGUCGCCGUCUUUCGGGUGCCGAGCGGCGGACGAAGGCGUCCUGGAAAUGCAUUGGGCGUUUGCGUUUGAUGAAUAAUGUGCAACCCCAUACGUUCAUAACCUUUGAUUUCCUACUCAGAAAGGCCUCCCGAUUCAUGUUCUUCCUGCGCAAGGCAGUGACCGCUAUGCAAUUAAUUAUGCCUCUUGCGGAGAUUGGCAUUUUCGGGAAAUCAUAUGAUAGAAUUUCAGGUUGCUCUUUCAGGAGCUGGAUAUUUAAACCAAGCCUUGUUAAAGGAAAUCUAAAGUUUAUCGCAGUUCCUACAGAAGUACAUGGAAAGAGUGGAAAGAGGAACUUACAUGGUUCAGAAAUUGGGCCUGCAUGAUAAGACUGCAAAGCAGCAUUAUCUUCAUCCUAAGUUGGAGCACCCUGAAGAAUGCGUCAGCUUAAGCCUUAGGAUGAAUUGUUAGAUUGGCUGGCUAAUUUUCUCUGCUGCUGAUUUUCAUUUGAGACAGUUAAAUCAAUUUAUUCUUCUCAAAAGAUAUCUCUAUCAUUUGCUUAAGAAGCUAGAAUUGCCAUCUGGAUUUGGUCAAAUUCUGACCACCUUUUAAAACAAAUAGAAAUGGGUUGAAUUACCAGGUGCCGGGUGCUUCACCCAUUGUGCUGCCUUAGUGGUUCUGAGGUUACAGACUAGUAAAUCAAUCAAACCCUGGUCAAGCAAACGUAAAGGUGGAUGGCUUGAUGUAGGUAAAUUCAUAACCAGACCAAGUGCAUUGUCCAAGUGCAUUCUUGUCAGAUUCUGGGACUAUCAGUGCAUUCAAUUUCUUUAUGAAGCUAAACCAGCAGCUAGUUUAGAUAUUAGCCACUUGACAACCAAAUCCAAUGAGUUCUUGAUAAGAGUCUAAGAUUGUCCAUGAUUGGAUUCAUCAUAUCCUUUAUUGAUGCAUAGCAAGCAUUGCUGGUGAUAUGUAAUUCUUGGAAUUCCAUAAAUCCAUAGUGCCAGUAUAUGUCAGAUAAUGUCACCACCAUUCUGUUCAGUCAGGUCAAGAGAUGCAGAUGGAGCUAUGAGAAUUAAGAAGGCCUGCUUAACUUGUAAGGUGCCUAAAAUUCCCUCCUUCCUAUGCAGCUCAGUAACAAGUUAUAUGGAUAUUUUUGAGCUGACUUGCUCUUGUUAGGCUGAUGGCUGAUUUUUCUCAUGGCUUGUUUGCCAUAAUGACAUAUGAUGUGUGUCAGUGUCACCUAAUACAGCAGUCAAAUGUUAACAAGAUUCACAGUCUUGUAUAAGUAAAAGAGGAUUUGUGGAGAAGUUAAACUUAUGGACUUUGAAAAAUCUAUGAGCUUAUUCAGAGAAUCUAUGAACUUAGAGAUUUGAUAGUAGCUUCAAGUAUGUUAUCAUGCAGGUUUUGGCUUCAACCUUCUAAGCUUUGUAAGCUGCUAUCAAAUGAUGCUCGUUGUACCAUUGACUGCUGUUUUGAGUAAUGUUCAUGGUUCCUAAUCCAGGGCAUGGGGGGUUACCUGUACGAUGUUGAUGAUUGUACUACAGAUUGAUGAAUGUACUAUAGAAACAAAGGAAUUAAGCUUUAGGAACAUCUACUUGGUUCCAAGUGGGUGCUGUGGUCAGCAGAAAGGCUUCAAUGGCCUUGAUCUAACAAGGAAUCUACAUUCCAUCUCUUCUGCUGCAGUUUUUUCAUGUCUACAUGAGAUUAGUUGGUCGGAAAGAUUAGUCUACUGUUUAGAGCUUUGUCAUGAAGAUCAGGGCAAAAAAGUUGCAUACCGAAGAAGGGCCAAACUCAAAAUGUGGAACCUGAUGUGGGAAUGGUGCCCUUGUCUGGCUUGGAAGGUUAUGUUACAGAUAUUUUUAUCUGUAUGAAUAUCCAACUAUUUGCU